GUCUUCUCGCUUCAGAAUAUCAGAAUACAUAAUCAGAGACGAUCGUCUCUGCGCUCCCCUUGUGAGGACCGACGAGCUUUCGCUUCUUGACCUUCAUCGUCGAAGCUGAUAGUCUGUCUAUUCGUCACCUCACUUCGUUUCGAAGAUGUCGUGGCCACUGUCAAUGUUGGAAUGACUUCGGUCCGGCCAGCAGCAUGUCCUGAAGAGACGGAUCCUCGAAGUGGCAGACAGGAGUCUCCAGUGACCCGAUUCGGUUGCUGUUGUCUCUGUAGAGUCUUCGGCUCUAGCCGUCAAAGAUGGCACACGCUAUAUUUGGGAUAUCUUCGGACACGAGUCUCGGAUGUCGUGGCUAAAAAUAUUCACGUAGAUCGAAAAUAAAUCAACAGACCGAUUAUCACAUUGUAGACGUCUAUAGAUACAGUAUAUAUUAUCACUUCUGCCUUCCUUCCUGUGCAAUGACAGUGUACGAAGUAAUACAGCAAAAGCGAUGGGAAGAAAAGGGAAGACUCCGUCAACUCGUGCAGUAUGAAUUGAAAUCCUGUUCAGUGACUACGGUCGGAGUCGGUGUUAACAUAGGUCCAAGGAGGCAAUUGAUCCAACACCCAGAUCCAAGUCGAUCCAGCACCAGUUGUUGCUCUCGGGUGGUUCUUUGGAUGCAGAUUUUUGCGACCAGGCGGACGAGUUGAUCAGCGGGUAUCGUAUAACAGGAGCCAAUUGUUAAAUAUGUUAAAGUGAGCCCAUUGUUACAAGUUUUACACUUCAGAUUUCUAGUUCAAUAACCUGUGUCUAGUUAGUUGAUGGUAGCUUGGCUCGUUCCUGUACCUGAUAUACACGAUAAAGUGGUCGUGCGUGGUGGCGUUGCACUUAAUCUCGGACAACCUCUACCUCAAAAUAUACCAGGUUAUGGCGAGAAGUUUACAGACCACUCGGUAGACUUCGAUCCAGGUUAUUCUGAAUUUCACGCAAUUUUUCCAAAUUGGUUUGGCUGUAGUUUUUGCACUAUCUCCACAGUUCUUCACCAGUCUUCUCAUGUAAAACUCGUCCAAGAGAAAGACUACAAGCAACAGUUCCCGAAUUUUCAGCCUUGUGUGAAUGAAGUCUAUUACAAAUCACUUCAAGCAUACAUCUGCAGAUUCAGUUUUGAUCCUUAUUUAUUUUGGCAUGUAUAUGUGACAUCUGUUAAAAUUUCUUGAACGAUUUCAAUCAGCUAAUUUCAGUUGAAAGAUGUUAUUCCCUGGGUAUCAAAGACCUGAGCAGAACCAAGUUCGUACGAGGUCCUGUUAUAUCAGUGGACACGGUUAGCAUUUUAUUUCCUCUGGACUAGCGAAUUGCAGGCAGCGAAGUACGAUACCUUCGAUACCAUUAAGUACACACUAAGGUACUCUCAGACCCAGUUCUGUUCUAAGAUAGUGUCUUUCAUUCGGAUCUACAUACGGACAUGGCCUCUUCACAGCGCAUUUAGUGAGGAGUGUACAUGUGUAUGGUCUUGCCUCGAACGGCGGCCACAAUCGGCACUCUUUGCGUCCAUCAGUGUCACUUUCCUUCCAGUUUAUCCCCUCUACGCAGAUUCGCAGGUUCUGAUGCAGCUACAUGCUCUUGAGUGAGUUGACGGACAGCAGCAUGCUGUAUUUAAGAAAAUAUCGUGAAAUGAAUGUUCUUGAAGUGAUGGUACUAACAACAUAAGUAUACAGAUAAUCAUGCAGACAAACGAGAUCAAUAUCUAGAUCUGUCAAAAUGCCAGUCUGGCCGGAGGGAUAUUAGUGAAUCAGCCUUUUAUCCAAAUUUCUGAUUGACCUGAGAAAGAUUUAGUUUGAAUUUGUUUGAUGUUGACAGGAAUGAACGAUGUGUAAUAAUUUAGAUGUAGUCGUAGCUUGGAAUUCGUUUGGCAAGUCUUCAUGCUUCUAAAGAUUUCUGAUACUCUCAGAAUUGCUUUUCUCUUC